AUGAAAAUAACACAAAACUGCUCAAUAUCAGAUCCUCUGAAAAUUAGAAUCUUGAAGUUCAUUAUACAUUUUCAAUCAGUCUGGACGGUAGAGUAUCUAGCUUUUGAAAAAUUGAUACUGCCCUUGAUUUGGCAUCGGUAUAAUGAACUGUCUACCCCAAGGAGCUAGGCAGCAGCGGUGGCCGCAGUAGUAGACUCUUCGGUCUCCUGAUCAGUCGCCGUGCGCUGUGCGGGUUCGAGUCCCGUCACAGGAGAAAUUUUUCUCUUGGCUAUGGAUGUUGUGAUUGUCCGUAGGUGGUAGACGGUCUCUGACUGUCGAACGUGGAGGUACCACCCGGCGGAUCUCGUAGGCGGAGCCAGAAUGUGUGCAAGUUGCAUGCACACGUGUUCCCUCGCCAGAGUCCGUGUGGCGUUCCCCCUUUCCCCUGUAUCCCCCUAUAGCCCCACGGUACCCAAUGGGUG